GAAUUUAUAGUCGCUACAGUAGUAGUCGAUCGCAGGCACGUACGCUCGCUCGCUAGUGGGCCGGCCCAGUUGUCGCCGUCUGUGCGUUUGUCCGGCAGUCUGCCGCAAUAAGCGGCAGAUAGGAACUCCCUGCCUGAACGAGCUCAAUCCCGUGCGCGAAUCUCAUCCCGGAACGAGCUCUCCCCAACAGCCGACACGAGUCGCGCGGCGGACUAGGUUUGCCGCCGCCGGUCGUCCUCAGGUGCGUCCUACUCCGGCGCGUGCCCUGCUCCUUCGCCCCUAGUCCAGGUCAACGCCUUGCUCUACAGCCCGUCGUCCCCCGCCCCUGCGCACUGGUUGAUCUCCUCGCUGUGCUCCCCAGCCUGCGCUCCUCCGUCAUUGCCAAGUCGUCUACGGAGACUCCUUGCUCCUUCACCCCGCCCUCUGGUGCUUCGAACCCGAUGGCCGAGAUGUCUGGUGAACGUAAACAAUUGGAUCUUCGUGCAAAGGUUACUAAAAUGGUGGUCGAAAUACAUGGUGCUUACCCGGAUCCAACUCUGGAAGAUAGUGAUAAAAAAAAAUACAACUCCAUGGUGGGUACAAUUGUUCUGGCGACACCACACUUCUGCUUCGGGGUACUGAGACGUUCUCUAAUACAAGAAGAUGGCAUCUACACAAUUAAGUGUGAUGGGCAAAGUAUUGAGAUUAAAGCCGAGGAUUUUGUUUCAUCACAUCAUGGUUUUUUUGCUGGGUUCUAUAUUUAUCACAACAAGUUACCAUAUGAUAUCAAGAAUGUGGCUGCAGUUGAAUUUGGUGAAGAGGUUAAAUUGUUUGAUGUGGUUAACCUUUGUGACAUUACAGUUGGACGCUAUAAGAUGUUCAUUGACAUCACAGAUGGUCAUGUCAUGGAUGUAAGAGUAGGAGACUUUGUCCAUAAUUGUGCUCAUAGCUUGCACACUGCCAAUGGUUCACCCGUUUUUUCUAAAGACGGUGAACUUGUUGGCGUAUGUAUUUUGAACCGACAAGGCCCAUCCGUGGCUCUAGACGCGGCGAGAAUAAAAGCCGAGCUGAUGAUGAUACAUGAAUCCAAGACACUCAAGGAGUUUUUUGGAGUAGUACGGGAAUCAGCAGGAAUUGCCGAGGCAUCAGCUGCAGCCACGGAAGGACCCUUACUACAGUACACUUCAUAUGCACUUGGGCUUGCUAUUUCUUGCUUAGUUUCUGCCGCCAUAUCGAACACUAUCUUCUUAGCUCCACAAAGGCUUGAUCAGAUGAAAGGAAUAGCGAGAUGAAGUCAUGCUUUUUUUUUUUCUGGAAAUUAUAGGUACAGCCUGGAGCGCAAUAAGCAGUUCUACAUGAGAGAAGGAAGAGCAAGGGUGACACAGCUUAGAUCAAUUUGCAUGUGCCUAUUCUUCAUUGGACUUUGCUCAUGUCAUGUUUGCAGGGAUAGUAAACACUAUCUUAAAAUGACCGACUUGCAGCUCGGAACAACUAGAAGUCUUGGGCUCUUGCAUGCUUUUGUUGUCUACUGUAUUUGAGAUAUUUAAAUUACUGCAUCCUAUCGACAACCAUUUAUUUCUUUAUAUUUUGUUGUUGUUUUUA